AUGGAAAACCUCACGCCAGAACAAUGGCGCGAGAUUAUGAACAAGAAGAUGCUGUUCCCUCCGGAGCUCAUCAGUGCAAUUCAGGAAGGGAAAAUAGAGCUGCUGUGUGGACUGUUGAAAACCGGUGAUGGCAUCAUCCGUCAGCUGGAUGAAUCUGAGGACCGCCAGUGGAGAGAGGCCCUCAACCUGUCCAUCCGCCUGGGCAAUGAGGAUGCCAUGGACACCCUCCUGCAGGGGGUCAAGUUUGACUUCCGUCAGAUUCAUGAGGCCCUGCUGGUUGCUGUGGACACCAACCAGCCCAGAGUGGUGAAGCGUCUGCUGGACCGCCUGGACCAAGAGAAAGGCAACAAGAUGGAUGUGCGCUCCUUCUCUCAGGCCAUCUUUGACCACUCUAUUGACAAUUCCCAGUUUGCCCCCGGUGUCACCCCUCUGACCUUAGCCUGCCAGAAAGACCUGUAUGACAUAGUCACCAUGCUCACCCAAAAAGGUCACAUCAUCCCAUGGCCACAUAAGAUAUCCUGCGCCUGUCUGGAAUGUCGAAACGGGCGGCAGUACGACCUGCUGAAGUUCUCCUUGUCUCGCAUUAACACCUACCGUGGCAUCGCCAGCCGUGCCUACCUGUCCAUCACUUCUGAUGAUGCCAUGCUCAGAGCUUUCAGUCUCAGCAGAGAGCUCCGGAAGCUCUCACAAAAAGAGCCAGAGUUCAAGCCUCAGUACCUUGGCCUGGAACAGCUCUGUCAGGAGUUUGCCGUUGAGUUGCUGGGCAUGUGUCGCAACCAGAGCGAGGUCACCACCAUCCUUAACAGCUGUGGAGACGAGAGCCAGGAUGCCUUACAAGAGCAGGCCUUUGAGGAGGGAAUACCCAACCUGUCACGACUGCGGCUUGCUGUCAACUACAACCAGAAGCAGUUUGUGGCACACCCAAUCUGCCAGCAGGUACUUUCGUCAAUCUGGUGUGGGAACCUGGCAGGCUGGAGAGGCAGCAGGACGGCCUGGAAGCUGUUUGUCUCCGUGGGGAUCUUCCUCACCAUGCCUUUCCUCUGCCUUGUCUACUGGAUUGCACCAAAGUCAAAGGUAGGAAAGAUCCUUAAGAUUCCUGUGAUCAAAUUCCUCCUUCACUCAGCCUCCUAUCUGUGGUUUCUAAUCACACUGCUUGGAGAAUCAAUAACAAUGGAGAUGUAUCGAGACAAAUUCGCUUCCCGGCAGCAGAAUAUGCUGCACAGCUCCUUCCACAUGGUGUGGGUGGUUGGAUUCUUCUGGUAUGAGUGUAAGGAAGUGUGGAUCGAGGGGCUGCGGAGUUACUUCCUGGACUGGUGGAACUGCUUGGACAUGAUGGUGCUCAGCAUGUACCUGGCGUCCUUUGCGUUACGUGUGCUCAUCAUGCUCAAAGGUUACCUCCUCUGCCAUGAUCAUAACGGCGCAGAGGAGUGUGUUUAUUUCACCCAGACUGUGCGUGAGGACUGGCAUCAGGAGGACCCCCAGCUCAUUGCCGAGGUGCUGUUUGCAGUGACCAGCAUGUUGAGCUUCACACGGCUGGCGUACAUCCUGCCAGCCCAUGAGUCUCUGGGAACUCUGCAGAUCUCCAUCGGAAAGAUGAUUGACGAUAUGAUGAGAUUUAUGUUUAUAUUGAUGAUCAUUGGAACAGCCUUCCUCUGUGGCAUCAACAAUGUCUAUGUUCCUUACGUCAUCUCUCCACAUCUUGGCAGGUUUAAUGAGACCUUCCACUUCUUAUUCUGGACCAUGUUUGGCGUGGCCAACCAGGACUACGUGGACAUGCCACAGUUUGUGUUGGCAGAGUUUGUAGGACGGAUUCUGUACGGCAUCUUCACGCUCGUCAUUGUCAUCAUCCUGCUCAACAUGCUUAUUGCUAUGAUCACCAACUCCUUUCAGAAAAUUGAGGAUGAUGCAGAUGUUGAGUGGAAAUUUGCUCGGUCAAAGCUGUACCUCAGCUACUUCAGAGAGGGCCUCACCAUACCUGUACCCUUCAACAUCAUCCCCUCACCCAAAGCUGUCUUUUACAUCUUAAGGGGUAUCUUCAAACAAAUCUGCUGCUGCUGCUCUUGUAAUUCUGAGCAAAAAUAUCCCCCGAUAGCCUCUAUGUCCAAUGAUAAGGGAUCUGAAGACAGCCAGUUACCUUACCGGCAGCAGGUGAUCAGGGCUCUGGUGCAGCGCUACAUUGAGUCAGCUCGCAGGGAGUUUGAGGAGACCAAGAGGAAAGAUAUCGGUAAUCGCAUCACUGAGCUGAGCAAAGCAGUCUGCAGGAUGCACAGUGAUAUGAAAGUGAUCCAGCAGCUUCUGAUGGAUGACGGACACAUUCCAAGUGAUGCGUUGACCAAGGAUGGCUCCUCCAUACUAGGGAAAUACAUAAUUGGCGCCAAGAACAAUUUCAGAGGUUUUAACAGCAGACAAGAGGACAAGAACACAUCACUUCAAGUGACAGUUCACCAUGAAGACGAAGGGGUUGAUAAAGAAAAAGUUGCAGAUGCAAAGCAGGAGUCAGACACACAACAGAAUCAGGUGGGUGAAUGUGGAGCAGAGGGGACAACGCAGGUAACGGACUGUGAUGUGGUGAAGAUGGAGGAAGGCAGAGCUAAAAUAGAGACAGAAGAUGAAAAGGAAACUGAGAAGGAAGAGCAGGUCGAAGCAGACAAAAAUGAAAAUAUGUACAAUAAAAUAAAAGAGGAGGGGGCAGCAGGAGCAAGUUUUAACAAUGUUGAAGAAAAGAUGAAAGCCGAGGUCACACAGGAUGAAGCAGAAAAUAUAAGGGAAGAAGAGAUACACACAGGGGCAAAGAUUGGUGAAAAACACACAGAGGCAACUACUGAACCAAUUGAGAGCAUCAAAGUCAGCAAUGAAAAGACAGAGACAAAGAAAUUAGUAAAUAAGUUCAAAGACAUAGAGCUGCAAGAAAAAAAAGUGGAGGCCAGAUGGAUGAAGGGUAGAAAGUUCGAGCAUAAUGUAGCUGAGAAGUCUGGUGUCAGAGAGAGCAACGACAAACCUGGAGUUCAGAAAACCAUUCCCUCGCCAACAGGCAGCAGCAGCUCCCAGGACACAGGCUUUGGUUCACAAGAAGGGGAGGGGUCAAUCGAUGGGUCGCUAGUGAGACCUUAG